UCAGUCUGACGCAGUGCUCUGGCUGUUGUCGUGUGCCCAGUGUGUGGGCUCCACACAGCCAGCAUGACGUUGCUGCUGCUGCUGCUGCUGCUGGGCUCCUGCCUCAGGCUGGGAUUUGCCAUGCCACAUGAGGAGAGGCACAGACUGAGGAAUCAGGUGGUGGAGAUGUUUGACCAUGCUUAUCAGAACUACAUGGACCACGCGUACCCGGCCGACGAGCUGAUGCCCCUGACAUGCCGUGGCAGAGUGCGGGGUCUGGAGCCAAGCCGGGGUGAUGUGGACGACGCGCUGGGCAAGUUCUCUCUCACCCUUGUUGACACCCUGGACACUCUGGCGCUUUUAAAUAAGACGACGGAGUUUGAAGCUGCAGUGAGGAGAGUGCUGUCAGAUGUGCGACUGGACAACGAUGUUGUGGUGUCUGUCUUUGAGACCAACAUCCGUGUGCUUGGAGGGCUGCUUGGGGGCCACUCCAUGGCUGUUAUGUUGAGGGAGAGGGGCCACCACAUGCUCUGGUACCAGGAUGAGCUGCUUCACAUGGCCAAGGAGCUGGGGCUGAGACUGCUGCCCGCCUUCAACACCAGCAGCGGCCUGCCCUACCCCAGGGUGAACUUACGCCAUGGUGUCAGGGGUCCUGAGACUCGAACGGGCACAGAAACGGACACCUGCACUGCCUGUGCGGGCACCAUCAUCCUUGAAUUUGCAGCUCUGAGCCGCUUCACUGGAGACCCAGUGUUUGAGGUUCAUGCACGACGGGCUCUGGACUUCCUGUGGGAGAAGCGGCAGAGACACAGCAAUCUGGUGGGAACGACCAUCAACAUCCACUCUGGAGAGUGGGUCCGCAGGGAAAGUGGCGUUGGGGCAGGAAUCGACUCGUACUACGAGUACCUGCUGAAGGCCUACAUCCUCCUGGGGGAUGAUCUCUUCUUGCAGCGCUUCAACAUUCACUACGCAUCUAUAAUGAAGUACAUCAGCCAGCCUCCUCUCCUGCUGGACGUGCACAUCCACAAGCCCCUCCUUCCUGCACGCACAUGGAUGGACUCGCUGCUGGCCUUCUUCCCUGGGUUGCAGGUGUUGAAAGGAGACAUCCGUCCCGCUAUAGAGACUCAUGAAAUGUUGUAUCAAGUCACCAAGAAGCACAAUUUCCUGCCUGAGGCAUUCACCACAGAUUUCCAUGUGCACUGGGCCCAGCACCCCUUGAGGCCCGAGUUUGCAGAGAGCACCUACUUCCUGUACAAGGCCACGCGGGACCCAUACUACCUUGAGGUCGGGCGCUCCGUGCUGGAGAACCUGAACCGCUUUGCACGCGUCCCUUGCGGCUUUGCGGCCAUGAAGGAUGUCCGCACAGGCAGCCACGAGGACCGUAUGGACUCUUUCUUCUUGGCGGAGAUGUUUAAGUAUCUGUUCCUGCUGUUCGCCGAAGCUGAGGACCUGCCCUUUGACGUGGAGGACUACAUCUUCACCACCGAGGCCCACCUCUUGCCCCUAUCCCUCUCCACUACCCCUCUUGUGCGAGCGCCCCCUGCUGGCAACACCACAACAGGGGAGGAUCUGGAUGACUCAAACUUUGACUGGUCCUGCCCCAACACCCGCUUACUGUUCCCUGACCCAGCCUUCCCCCGCAGCUUUCGAGAACCAAUCAGAAACGCCGUGGAUAAGAACUGUCCCCGCCCUGCGCUUCGUGGUGAGCCCGGUGCAGGCCGGCCCCCUCUGCGGGCGCGGGACUUCAUGGCCAGUAACCCUGAGCACCUGGAGCUGCUGCGCCGCAUGGGGGUCAGUCUCAUCCACCUGAAGGAUGGCAGAGUGCAGCUGGUGCAGCACGCCACACAGGCGGUCAGCCCCAUGGCGGCGGAGGACGGCCUGCGUUUCAUGCAGGAGAUGAUGGAGCUGUCCAGCCAGCAGCAGAAGGAGCAGCUCCCGCCCCGCGCCGUGCAGAUCGUCUCACACCCCUUCUUCGGCAGAGUGGUGCUGACCGCCGGGCCGGCGCAGUUUGGCACGGACCUGUCCAAAAGCAAAACCGGGGUCCAGGGCUUUGUGGCGGUGGCCGAGCCGUACAGCGGCUGCUCGGAGCUCAGCAACGGCGACCUGCUGGCCGGGCGCAUUGCACUGCUGCAGCGGGGACAGUGCAUGUUCGCCGAAAAGGCCAGACACAUCCAGAGGGCUGGGGCCAUCGGGGGCAUAGUCAUCGACGACACUGAAGGCAGCAGCAGCGACACGGCGCCGCUCUUCCAGAUGGCCGGCGACGGCCGCAGCACGGAUGACAUCACCUUGCCCCUCCUCUUCCUGUUCCACAAGGAGGGCAACAUCCUGCUGGAGGCGCUGAGAGAGUACAGGGAGGUGGAGGUGCUCCUGAGCGACAAGGCCAGAGACAGAGCAGCCAUAUUAAAGGGUAAACCCCUGCCCGGCUCCAUCCUGGACAGCAGUGUGGACAGACAGGAAGAGGAGGAGGACUGCUCGCUGGAGGAGAGGGACCACGCUGUGCCUGACCCCUCCGCACCUCCCAGCCAGCCGCACGUGGGCACCAAACAGCAUGGCGAAUCGGCUGACAGCACAGACGAGUGCAGGCAGGGGGACGGGCCCGGUGAUGAUGAAGGCACAGAGAAGGGGGAGGAGCCUGCGCUGGAGGAGGACGCUGGCGGCCAGUCUGUUGAGACUCUGCUCAGUGAUUGGAAGGAGGACUUAGAGGCGUUCCAGCAAAUGGAAAAAGAUGAGCUUUGACAGGGCCCUCCCCUUUCUCCUUCUCUGGACUUGGCGGUAUGAUGCCACAAGCUGCAGGCCCAGCUGACUGCCCCGUUUGUGGUAGACACUGAGCUCGGGGGAGCAUUGUGAUGAGGAAUGGUCACCUGAGUCACCUGACCUCACGUCAGCCCUUGCCUCCAGGCCCCCACAGUUCUCAUUGGUCCCUUGGUUUGUCCCUUCAUUCCCCCUCACUGAGCCCAGAACAUAUUGGAUCCCUGACAUCUGCUGGGAACAUGGAGGCCACACCAUUCUCACUGUUGUAGUUUCUUUGUCAUGGCUCUAUGUCUUCCUUAUUCCAUAUGCAUUUCUGGAUCAAAGAGACACGGGUAUAAAUUGUGAAUGUAGAUUGAGUGGUUUACUGUUUGUUGACUCUAAUAAUCUGGUUUAUUGAAAAAUGAAAUGUUUAUUAAUCUGAUAGGAGGGGUUGGUACAUAGCUGUUGAAGCGUGAGUGACUGCGGUGACAUGCAGUCCCAGUGCAACAGCUGUUAUUCUGCACACUCGUGUGUAAUUAAGAAUGUUUACGUAUGUAAAUAUGUUUGUGUCUUCCAUUGUCGAAAGAACUAGAAGUGCAGUACUUUGAUCUGGUGCUAGUUGGUCUGAUUGAGUGGUUUUAGCUCGGGGCUCAGUUUUCUCUCCUGGCACAGCUCUUUUCUCAGCGGUGAUGUCAUAGAGUAUGGAAAGUUGACAGUAUCGCAAUAUUCCCACCAGAGGGCGGUGUUGCUCACUUUUUCCAAAGUAUUGUAUCUCACUGAAACCAUAAAUUGGACAAAAAAA